GUGAGGAACCGGACGCGACAGUUGCCAUGGAGCCCGCGGAGGACUGGCUGGUGGAGUCGUUGCGCUUGUACCAGGAUUUCCAUGCGUUCGACCUCUCGGAAGCCACUCGAGUCCUUGAAUGGAUUGGUGACAAAGGAGUCUUUGUUGCUGGCUAUGAAAGCCGGAAAAAAAAUGAGAUUCUUCAUCUGACAUUACCUUUCAGACUUUCUGUAAAAGAAAACCAGGGCUUGUUCCCGGAAAGAGAUUUUAAGGUCCGCCACGGAGGAUUUUCAGACAGGCCUGUCUUUGAUCUGAAGCAUGUGCCGGACACCAGGUUGCUGGUGACCAGUGGCCUUCCAGGUUGUUACCUGCAGGUGUGGCAGGUCGCAGAGGACAGUGAUGUUAUCCAGGCUGUCAGCACCAUUGCUGUCCACGAGAAAGAAGGGCAUCUCUGGCCUAGGGUAGCCAUCUUCUCGUCAGUGGCACCUGGCAUCCUCCACGGGGUGAGGCUCAGCAGUCUGAAGAUCGUGGAUCUGGAGUCCCAGAAGACCAUGUACACCUCAGGUGUCAGUGACAGUGACGAGCUGAGCAGCCUGCAGGUCCUCGAUGCACACACCUUUGCCUUCUGCUGUACCUCGGGCCGGUUGGGGCUCCUGGACACUCGCCAGAAGUGGGCCCCGUCAGAGAAUCUCAGCCCCUGCCCUGGGUCCGGUGGGGGGAGGUGGUGUGCAGAAGUUGGGGGUAGGGGCCAGGGCCCUGGGCCCCACAUUGCCAGCCUUGGCUCAGAUGGGCAGCUCUGUCUUCUUGACUGCCGGGAUCUCUCCCAUCCUGUAAGCUCAGUCCAGUGUGCGGUGUCCACACCCAGCCCCGCCCCAGAGCUGCUGCGAGUGACGUGGGCCCCAGGCCUGGACAACUGCCUGGCCGUUUCAGGUUUUGAUGGGACCGUCCAGGUCUAUGAUGUCACGUCUUGGGAUGGAAUGGGGGGCCAAGCAGAACCUCUCUUCACUCACAGAGGUCACGUCUUCCUAGAUGGCAAUGGGAUAGACACUGCCCCACUGGUCACCACCCAUACCUGGCACCCCCAAAAGCCAAGGACUUUGUUGUCUGCAGCGAGUGACGCCUCUCUGCACGUGUGGGACUGGGUGGACCUCCGUGCCUCCUGCUGACACCAGCGUCUCUGCCCAGGCCUCUAGGAAGAGGAGGAGCUACGUAGCAAGGCUUCUGAUUUAGGCCUCGAGGACCACAGGUCUCUGUCACCAGCUGAGCAGCCUUGGGCAAGUUAACCAGCCUCUCCUAGCCCCAGUUUCUUUAUUGCAAAAUGAGACUAGUAAUACCUCGCAGGGUUGUUGGGAAAAGUAGAAGUAGUAUGUUAAAAAGUAACUGGUAGCAUGCAUGGCACGAUAAAUAUUUGGCAGCUCCUGUUGGAUGUGGGAGCCCGUUUCCCACAAGUGUGAAAUGCGCUGCUUUCUGCCUGUCUGUAUUCACAGCACCAUAGUGAGAAUCAGAAUCAGAAGAGCUGACGAAUGUAAACUUGUUUCGUUUACAAACGUUUUUAUAGAACUAAAACCAAUUAAGAUGAAAAAAAGUCAACCCCAGUAGCAGUGAAGGAAAUAGCAGUUAAAACAAGAUUAUGCCAUUCUAGCCUACCAAAUUGCCAAAUUUUAAAGCAUUAUUACUUUCAACAGCUGAGAGCGGUGGCAUGAUGCACGUUCAACAGGAGCCAAGCAGCAGCGAGGGUCUUUCUCCCAGGCGUGUAGCGUGGCGUUGUGCAGCUGCCUAGCUUACAUGUCCAGGCUCCUGGGAAGUGACAAUUGACAUUUGCUAAUCUUUUGCUGUUACAAAUAGUGUGAAACAACUUUUGUACCUAUGAACAGUAUGUCUGUAGAUAAAUUUCUAAGGCGGAGGAUAUGUGCAUUUUUAGGUUUUAUAAAUACUGCCAAAGUGUGCUCCGUAGAGACGGUGCCGAUGUAUGACGGCAGCAGUCAUGGCUGUUUCUCCUGCCUCACCCGCAGUCUGCCUCGUGGCCUUUGCCAGUCGCUGUGACUGGUUAUUAUGACGGGUCCAGUCUUCGGAGGUCAGGGAGGGACGCAGGUGUCCCCACAGCUGUGGGGGAAGGAGGUGACGCUAAGUGAUUCUCUCAAUCAGCAUUCGCUGUGUGUUGCUGUGCACCAAGUACCAGGCUGGACGCUGGGAUACGAGACACAGACGUACAAAUAUGGCCCAGUAGAGGGGAAGCUGGGGGGAGCACUCAGAGGGAAGGGGCCACGUGUUCUGGGAGCACAGAGGGCAGAGUAGCCACCUCUGCUUGGUUAGAGACCAGGUGUGAUCAGGGAAUGUGGUACUCCACGUUGUGUCCUUCCUUCAGGCCUGGAGGGUGGGGGUGGGUGGUGUUCCAGGCACAGGAACAGACAGGAAGACAGAAGCGAGAAAGGGCGCAGCCCCAGCCUGGUGAGCAGAGGAAGUUAGAAAUACAACUGAGAAAAUGGGCUGUGGCUGAUCAGUAGUAGCCCUUGAGCUGUGCCAAGGGGCCAAGCCUGGGAGUCCCUGAAGGGCUCCGAGGGACGGGGCGGUGUGAGCCAGGAAGGGAGGCGCUGUUGCGGCUGUGAGUGAGGGCAUGUAAACGCCCAGGCAGGAAAAGCAAGGAUGUGCGAUCAGAGGCCCCUGUCUGCGGCAGGCGUCUUCACGUGCUCUUUCACUGUUUGGGAUACGUUUCAUGUAUGACAUGCAACCAGUCAAUGACGUGGCUCAGAGUUCCUCCACCCUUAGACUUGGGCAAAAUGGAUGCCAGGAAGUGAGUCAGACACAAAAGGGCAAAUACAUGAUUCUACUCAAAUGAGGUACCUUCAGUAGCCACUUCGUAGAGACAGAGAAUGGAAUGGGGAUGCGGGGCGGGGGAGUGGGAGUUACUGUUCACGGGUACACAGGGUCAGCUUGGGGUGAUGCAGAAAUUCUGGAGUUGGAUAGUAGUGAUAGUUGCACAAAAUGUGAAUGUACUUAAUGUUACACUUAAAAAUGGUUAAAAUGGUCUUUUCGUGUGUGUGUGAGGAAGAUUGGCCCUGGGGC